AUGUGGUUCUACCUGGUGGCCCUCCUGGGCCUCUUCUACCUUGUGCGCUGGUACCGGGAGAGGCAGGUGGUGAGCCACCUCCCAGACAAAUAUGUGUUCAUCACAGGCUGUGACUCAGGUUUUGGGAACCUGCUGGCCAGACAGCUAGAUGCGCGAGGCUUGAGGGUGCUGGCUGCGUGUCUGACAGAGAAAGGGGCCAAGCAGCUGAGGGACCAGACAUCAGGCAAGCUGGAGACGGUGACCCUGGGUGUCACCAAGACAGAGAGUGUCGCUGCAGCUGCCCAGUGGGUGAAGAAGCGCGUGGGGGACAGAGGACUCUGGGGCCUGGUGAAUAAUGCUGGCAUUGCUGUGCCCUUAGCCCCUAAUGAGUGGCUGACCAAAAAGGACUUUGUGACCAUCAUAGAUGUGAACCUGUUGGGGGUGAUCGAUGUGACCCUGAACCUGUUGCCCUUAGUGAGGAAGGCGAGGGGCCGCAUGGUCAACGUGUCCAGUGUUGGAGGCCGGAUUGCACUUUGUGGUGGGGGCUACUACAUCUCAAAGUACGGUGUAGAGGCCUUCUCAGACUCCCUCAGGAGGGAGACACUUUUCUUUGGAGUGAAGUUUGCUGUGAUUGAACCCGGUUAUUUCAGGACCAACAUGACCAAUAAUCAGAGAGUUUCACAGAACUUUCAGGAGUCGUGGGACCGGGCCAGCCCUGAGGUCCAGGAGAUCUAUGGCGAGAAGUUUCUGGCAUCCUACAUGAAAUCAAUUGAAUUGAUGGAUCAACUAUGCAGGCAGGAUCUGCAUUUGGUGACGGACUGCAUGGAACACGCGCUGACCGCCUGCCACCCCCACACCCGCUACUCUGCUGGCUGGGACGCCAAGUUUCUCUUUGUACCCAUGAGCUACAUGCCGACUUUCUUGGUGGACGCCAUAUUCUCCUGGGGCUUACCAAGGCCAGCCAAGGCCCUGUGA